AUUUUGCUAACAUCGAUUAAAUUUCGAUGGGUCGAAAAAUGCAUAAUAAAAUAUCGAUUUUUAUUUCAACACUGAGAACAGAACUUUAAGUAAUAGUUAGUAUUAUGGUAUCAGUAUCGGUUCAUAAGAUACGUGUGGUGUAAGUGUAUUGAUAUUAACUAUUAUUUCUCUAAAAUAACAUAUGAUUAAUUCUGUAUAUAUGUAUUUUAUGUAUAUAUAAAAUAAUACAAUGAAGUCAUCAAGAUUAGCACAUAUAUUUUCAUUUAUCUUAAUGGUGAACAUUGUGUCAUCGGAAUUUUCAGCUGAUGAUUGUAAAAGUUUAGGUUUCAAUAAAGCUAAUUUACUUUGUUCUACCUGUGAGGAAUUUAAUAAACAUGGUUUAACAGAAAUAUUGAGUAAUUGCAAAGAAUGUUGUUUGAAAGACGAUGAUUAUGAUGCAUCUGGAUUAAAAAAAUACCCACGUGCUGUUCUGGAAGUAUGCACAUGCAAGUUUGGUACAUAUCCACAAAUACAAGCUUUCAUAAAAAGUGACCGACCGAGCAAAUACAAAAAUUUACAAAUAAAAUAUGUUAGAGGCUUAGAUCCAAUAAUUAAAUUAUUAGAUGCGGAUAAUAAAGUUGAAGAUAUUUUGGACAUACAUAAAUGGGAUACUGAUUCUGUUGAUGAAUUUUUAGCAACUCAUCUUUCGAUGGAUUAAUAUUGUUAUUGAUAAUGGUAUAUAUUUGUUUUAUUAUUAAAUGUAAAUAAUCAUGUUUGCUAUGUAAUUUACGUUCAAAAAGUAUUUUUAAUUAGAUCACUGCUCCUUCCUAUCUUAAGAAUUCUUUAAUUCUAUGAUACUAAAAAAAUACUUUGUGACAACACUAUAUAAAUGGUAUUCAUAUUAGAAAGGUGCAAAAUAAAACUCAUUAUUUUUUAGAC